ACAAUGUAGACUGGCUUCUUGGCAAAGCCCCUGAUUACUCAAAAGCCAAUGCACUUUAUGAAAAGGAACGUUCUAAGGUUCAUACUGCAGGGUCGCUUGAGGAUCUUGUAACAAAUCUUGUAAAAAAUUGGGAAAAAGAAGCCUCUCACAAAACCAAGGCUGAACAAUGGCGCACGAUUGAUCAUAAAGUUUACAAGUUCUCUACAAACGGUGGCCCUUGGUCAACUGCAGAAGAUAUGUUAAAAAUUGGAACUUACAAUGCACUUAUUGGCGAAUCAGAAUUCUAUUCAGCGAGCCGUUUAGGCUUUGAAGAGUCUCACCAAGUAUUCCGAAAUUCUUUGAACUCUGGUUUUGCAUGGGAAGUUCUCGAAGUCUAUUCUGGCCCUCCAAGAGUUACUUUUAAAUGGCGUCAUUGGGGCAAGAUGUCUGGUGAACUUAAAUGCCCGAUGCGUAAUGGGAAAACACUGGUGGCCAAACCAACCAAUGAAGUGGUACAAAUCUUUGGAGUUACUGUUGCAACGAUUACUGACAAAUAUCAGAUAACUUCUCUUGAAACCUUUUAUAAUCCUGCUGAUCUCAUGAACCAAAUGGCCAAAAACUGCCCACUUGCCG